CGACAGCAAAAGGUGCAUUCAUAACUGUUGCGGCAACAAUCCCACCAUCAUCAUCCACGCAUCCCACUCCCUUCUUCUCUUGUUUUGUUUUUGUGUAUCGAGCGUCCACAACACAGCCGUGGUCGUUGCUGCUUCCUCCUGCGUUAGUCGGCCUGUACUCUGGGAACUUUGACGUUGUUCGAGCACACAACGGUAGCUUGUAGACAAGACAGACGAUGCAGUUGAGUGGGGGUGUUGGGCGCAGUGCGCGUGCGUUGGCGACGGUGCGUCGCUUGACACGGCUGCGCGCCUUGACUCCGAGCGCAACCCACGCACGGCCCACAACCUUGCGUCGCUCCGUCAUUCAACAUAACCAGCCGGAUGCAGCAGCUGUUGUUGCGUCGCCGCAACGGGCAUGGCCAUCGGCGAUAACUCUCGCACGGAGAUGGUCGAGCGAUGACGGGUCAAGCGGCGGAAGUGGGGAUGGAGGCAAUAACAAGGGCAGCAGCGGUGACAAGAACAGCAAGAAGUCAAGCACAUCAGAGAAAGACGACGACAAGGGAGGUUCAGACUCUUCCACAGGCACAUCGCCGACAUCAUCGUCGUCAUCUUCAUCAUCAACCACACAAGGAAAGGAUGGGAACGAUGGAGCAGCCAAGUCCACCAGCAAGGACAGCACAGGUGGUGGCCGUGGUGGUGGUGGUGAGCCGCCAAACGUGUGUCCGCAGUGUGGCGAGGUGCUGAAGAUCAUUCCAAAGGGACGCCGCCACAUUGCCGCGUGCCCGUCUUGCCACUACUUCUUCCUGCGCACCGUUGGCCGCGCUGAAACUUCAACCGACGCCUCAGCCACUGCAGGCCAAGCCAAGACGGCAAAGAAGCCGGAGGUUCAGGUUUGGGGCCCAAGCACUCCAAAGCCAAAGGAGAUCUUGGACAACUUGAACGACUAUGUAAUUGGGCAGGACCACGCCAAGAAGACGCUAGCUGUCGCCGUGUACAACCACUACAAGCGCGUCUCCGCGAACCUCAAGGAGGCAUCCUCAUCGGCUGCGCAUGAUGUUCAGUUUGAGAAGAGCAAUAUUCUGCUGGCUGGCCCGACCGGCAGCGGAAAGACGCUGCUCGCACGCACGCUCGCCAACAUCCUCAACGUCCCCUUUGCCAUCAGCGACUGCACCACCCUCACACAGGCCGGAUAUGUUGGCGAGGACGUGGAGAGCGUGCUGUACCGCCUGCUGCAGGCCUGCGACUUUGACCUCGACCGCGCGCAGCGAGGCAUUGUGUUCCUUGAUGAGAUUGACAAGAUCAGUUCGAUUUCCGGCAGCGGCGUUGCGACGCGCGACGUCUCUGGCGAGGGCGUCCAGCAGGCCCUGCUCAAGCUCUUGGAAGGCACGGUUGUGAAUGUGCCUGAGAAGGGCGGGCGGAAGAGCCCGCGUGGCGAAACCAUCCAGAUUGACACGAGCAACAUCCUGUUCAUUGCAUCUGGCGCCUUCAACGGCCUUGAGGACCUCAUCAAGAAGCGCGAGGAAAAGGGGUCGAUCGGCUUCAACGCCGCGCUCAAGACGCCGAACAAACCCGUGGACGGGCAGAUGCUGCGGAAGGUGCAGGCCGACGACCUCGUCAAGUUUGGGCUGAUUCCGGAGUUUGUUGGCCGGUUCCCGUGCGUGGUGCACCUCGAGGCGCUGACAGAGAGCGACCUCGUGCGUGUGCUCACGGAGCCGAAGAACAGCCUCGUCUCCCAAUACCGCGCCCUCUUCCGCAUGGAGAACACGGACCUUGUGUUUUCGUCGUCGUCGCUGCGGGCGUUUGCGAAGAAGGCGCUGGACCGCAAGACGGGUGCACGCGGCCUGCGCACGUUCAUCGAGCAGGUGCUCCUGCAGCCCAUGUACGACGUCCCAGGCAGCGACAUCGCCACCGUCAUGAUCACAGACAAGACGGUGCUUGAGGAUGAGGCGCCGCUGUACAUUACGCACUCCGAGAUGAGCAGCAGUACGACGCAGCAGCAGCAGCAGCAGGACGACGAGGCUGAGGACGAUGUCUCGGCCACAAACUAGACAGCACCACGCACUGGUGCAUUAUUCUAAUGCACUGAUUCGUGCGCGUUGGUGUGCACGCCUUGCUCGUGCUCCCUUGUUUCUCUGUCCUCACGUUUGCACGCACGUGCGCAGAUACCCGCGUUCGCGCAGACACAGUUAGAGCUCUGGUGUUGGUUUGUUGAUUGGUUGGUUUGUUGGUUGACACUUAAAAAUGCUUUCUCGG